AUGCAUACAACCUACUGCCUAGGACUAAUCUGGCACUUAAAUGAACCCCCAAAAGGCAGGUGUGGGAUGAAAACAAAAUAUCGUGUAUGGAACGUUGACAAAACAGGCCUUAGUGUAGUUCAGACUAAGAUACCACAAGUAAUUGCAAGCAGAGGUAAACGCCAAAUUUGUUCUCUGACUGCUGCAGAGUGUGGGUCUCUAGUAAUGGUCAUCUGUUUGCUGAGUGCAGGAGCUGGUGUGCUAAGUGAAGGCAAUUCCAAUCGUUCAGCUCCAGAUAUAAUAAACCUCUUCCAUAACAGUUGUGAUGAUAAAAUUUAUUACAGGUUAGUGACAGAUCCAUUUCACAUUGACGUGGAUGUGUUGCCAGACAGACUACAAGAGGAAGUCUUAGAAAUUAAAAAUGAUUCCGCAGCGAAGUAUGACUUUAAUAAGAUGGAUAAGCCUUUAUUUUGGGUGAAAUAUCUCACGGUGUAUCCCAGCACAGCAGAACAAGCACUGAAACUGUAUUUACCAUUUUCAAGCACUUAUUUGUGCGAAAGAGCAUUUUCAGAGAUAGUGGCGAUAAAAAAUAAGCUUAGAAGCAAACUCAGUAUUGCCAAUGAUUUACGUUGCGCAGUUUCUGCUAUUCAGCCAAGAAUUCAAAAUCUUGUCAAAAAUUUGCAAGCUCAUCCUUCACAUUGA